AUGAAUAUGAAAAGGGAAUUAUUGAAUUAGCAAAUAAUUAUUUAAAUAAACAUAAAAGACAAUUUAAAUUCCAUCUUAAAUGUUAAUGAGACCAAAUUUUACAUUUUUAAAAACUAAUGUGAUUAUUACUUUCAUUGGUUACCAUAUUUAGUGUUUCACAUUUUUUUAAACACAUAAAGUUUCUUGAAUGGCAUAAAGGAGAUAAGAAAAGAAGAGUUCUAAGAAUAAUCAUAUGUAAUUUGCUUACAAUAAUAGGUUGUAUUAUAGUAUUGA